UUUACCAGUGACAGUCACGUGUUCAAAACGCGCAUGCGCAGUUCUGCGUAAGCUCAUUAACAUCACCGCGCUCGCGCUGCUUGUUUUCAAACAAGAUGAACGCGCCGCCAGCAUUCGAGUCGUUUUUGUUAUUUGAGGGGGAGAAAAAGAUCACAAUAGUUAAGGACACCAAGGUGCCAAAUGCCUGUCUCUUCACACUGAAUAAGGAGGACCACACGUUGGGGAACAUCAUUCGGUCACAACUGCUGAAAGACCCCCAGGUGCUGUUUGCUGGAUAUAAAGUUCCCCACCCUCUCGAGCACAAGAUUGUGAUCCGAGUUCAGACAACACCAGACUAUAGUCCACAAGAAGCCUUCACUAAUGCGAUCACUGACUUGAUCAGCGAGCUGUCACUUCUGGAGGAGCGAUUCAGGGUUGCCAUCAAAGACAAGCAGGAAGGAAUUGAAUGAAGAACACCUACACUCUAUUGGAUGAUAACUAAUCCUCAAUUGGCUGGAUUUAAACUCUUAUUGGGUUACAGUGUGCCCUCCACCUCAUAUAUUUAUUUUCUCAGAAAUGAUGAAAUAAGCUAAAUGGCACUCAUCAGUCAUGAAACAUUGCAGCUGUUAUGAACUUGGAGAUCCUCCAAGACGGUUUUCUAAACAAUACAUGCUGGUAUAAAAAACAAGGGCUUGCAUACAAAUUGAAUUUAUAAUUUACAAGAAAUGAAUUUCCUUUCAUGUGUCUUACUCAUGUUAUGUAAUUAAUAAUAAAUGACUUUUUUAUAUUAAA